CCACCUCCCAACCUCCAGUACCAGCAUCUUGAAAAUAAAUCAGUCUUCCUGACUGAUUUGGUUGGAGCUGGGAGAUUAAGUUGCUAACAUGCACAGUUCCUGGUGGCAGGUGUUCCCUCUCACACACAGCUCCGGGUCUGAGCAGGAGCACGGUCCACCUGAUUUCUGUCUGUGCUUGCUGCAGAGUCUGGAAGCCCCCCCUCCUCCCAGUCACGUCCCAGCACUGCAGACAGUUGCCCACGGUCGUGGGUAAGAUCUUGUCAUUUCCCCAUUCCUCUUCCUCCUCCCCUUUCCACUUCUCUGGAAGAAGGGUGGGCUGCAUUAGGGUCAGAAAGGUGAAGAAAGUCAGUUAUCUGAACGCCUACUAUUUGCUGUAUACUUCCGGGGCAUCUCCUCACCUCUCAGCCAAAGGUUCCAGCUCAGAUAUAAUGACCCUUGCAGGGGUCCAGAGUGGAAGGAAAUGGACUCUCACCGACCCAUCUGCACCAUUCUCUGAAAAAACUGAGGUAGCUAGAAGACUUGGGCAGGAGGAGCUCUCCUGGAAGUGGUGGUGGCAGGUCCUUGAGUAAAGGAAAGGCUCAAUUGUGCUAAGGCUUCCUGUCCGGACAACUCCCGGCGUAGCCCCCGCCACGCAGCAGCCGCCUUUCUGCGGCCGGCGGGCUGGGAAGGCGGGGCGGGAAGGCUAACGCAGGAAAGGGUUACGGGAAUAGCUUUCCAAUGACAAAGUCUGGAAGGGACCCAUGCCUCCGCCCCUCUGCGGGUUAAGCUGGCACAGUGCAGGGGAGGAAAGCGUGGGCGAUCCGCAGCAGGGCCUCCCCUUCCACCCACCCCCAGCCGCGGGCACUCCCAGCUCGGCACCCCCAGCUCGGCCCUCCGCCGAGGCAGCCGGCGUGUGCCUAGGGCAGCGGGUCACUAGGCUCCGCCCCCGGCCGCCCGGCCGGGGGGGACGGCACUUUGUUCAGGAUGCCGCCUCCUUCUCGUCGUGGAGCGGGAGCCCGCGGCCGCCUUAGUGAGAGGCUGGAGGCCGGAGUGCGCAGUGCCGGCUGAGACUCGCCCUUGGACCCUGGGAAGCUCCAGGAAACUUUCUGAACGCAAGGAGAGGGCGUCCAGUACUGCGCUGCUCGGGCUAUGCGCGACUCUGCGCGGCGGCGGCGGCGGCGCGGACUCAGAACCCCGGACCAGAGGCGCUCCGGGUCCUAGUACAGCCCAAACCCUGUCGCUGACGAUGCAGGGGAUGGCUAACGUGAAUUCUGCCAGCCGCUCACACUACGCCUCUUCCAUCCCUGUGCCUCGAGCUUCCUCACAGACCAGGAUUCACACCCCAGGCGCUUCUCCCCAGCUGCGGCCUCGGCAGGCUGACUUGGCCCUGAGCCCCCAGCGUGCUACCUCCCCAAGACGGGGCAAGACUGCAGUCUCUUCCAGAAACUCUUCGCCCAAGGCCUACAGAGGAAGAGGCACCCCCAGGGCUGCAGGGCCAGCCAAGGAGUUGGCUGAGAGUGUAGAAAGCCUCCCCAGCUCCCCUUGGAGCAGCCCCAGGAUAACCCACAAAACAGCCUUCUCCAGUCAGGCGGGAUCCAGAAGAACUGGGGAGACACAAAGCACCCAGAGGAAGAAGACCCAGGAAGGGAUCUCUGCUCUCCAGUCCAGGGGAAGGAGCCCACCCCAGACAAGCUGUUAUGGAGAAACUCAAAUUCCAGGACCUCCUGAAGGUCGAAUGCUCCCUACCUGCCAGGGAAAAGAACAAAGAGACAAAACCUACAAACGCCCUAUGUCUCUGGAGCCUGAUGAAGGGGCAGCUUCUGGGACUUCCUCUCCAGUCUGCAGCCCCGUGCACAGCGUUAGGCCCUCUCCUACUCCUGGGGUCAUUAGCUUUUCCUCUGCCCACCAGCAGAGCCAGCCAAUCACAGCCACAGUGGCCCCCUUUCAGUACAGGUUGCAGACGGACCAGGAGCCUGGCCCCGUUCCUCAGGAAAGCUGGACCCUUGAUGGAUACACCAGCCCCACUAGGAGAACUGAGGACAGCUUGUCCUGCAUGGACGCGCGGAUCGUCCAUGCGCUCCUGGCAGGCAGAAUGCUGGGCAGCAGCGUCAAGAGCGUGCAGCCCGAGGUGGAGCUGAGCGGCGGCAGCGGCGGCGACGAGGGCGCGGACGAGCCUCGGGGAGCCAGCAGAAAGGCGGCCGCGGCGGACGGCAGAGGCAUGCUGCCCAAGCGCGCCAAGGCGGUGGCGGGCGGCAGUGGCAGUAUGGCCAAGGCCAGCGCAGCUGAGCUGAAGGUCUUCAAGUCCGGCAGCGUGGACAGCCGUGUCCCCGGUGGGCCGCCGACCUCCAACCUGCGCAAACAGAAGUCGCUCACCAACCUCUCGUUUCUCACGGACUCCGAGAAAAAGCUGCAGCUGUAUGAACCUGAGUGGAGCGAUGAUAUGGCCAAGGCACCCAAGGGUUUGGGCAAAUUGGGGCCCAAGGGCCGAGAGGCUCCUCUAAUGUCCAAGACACUGUCCAAAUCAGAGCAUUCGCUCUUCCAACCCAAAGGAGGCCCUGCGGGCGGCGCCAAGACCCCACUGGCUCCACUAGCGCCCAGCCUAGGCAAACCCAGCCGGAUUCCUCGCGGACCCUAUGCGGAGGUCAAACCUCUCAGCAAGGCGCCUGAGGCGGCCGUGAGCGACGAUGGCAAAUCGGAUGAUGAGCUGCUUUCCAGCAAAGCUAAGGCGCAAAAGAGCUCAGGGACCGUGCCCUCAGCCAAGGGCCAGGAGGAGCGGGCCUUCCUCAAGGUGGACCCCGAGCUCGUGGUGACCGUGCUGGGCGACCUAGAGCAGCUGCUCUUCAGCCAGAUGCUGGAUCCAGAGUCGCAGAGAAAGAGGACAGUGCAGAAUGUUCUGGAUCUUCGACAGAACCUGGAAGAAACCAUGUCCAGCCUCCGGGGCUCCCAGGUGACGCACAGCUCCCUGGAGAUGACUUGUUACGACAGUGACGAUGCUAACCCUCGAAGUGUAUCCAGCCUCUCCAACCGCUCUUCUCCUCUCUCCUGGCGCUACGGCCAGUCCAGUCCCCGGCUGCAGGCUGGUGAUGCACCCUCUGUUGGGGGCAGCUGUCGCUCUGAGGGGCCGCCAGCCUGGUACAUGCAUGGGGAACGGGCACACUACUCCCACACGAUGCCUAUGAGGAGCCCUAGCAAGCUCAGCCACAUCUCUCGCCUGGAGUUGGUGGAGUCCCUGGACUCCGAUGAGGUGGACCUCAAGUCCGGCUACAUGAGUGACAGUGACCUCAUGGGCAAGACCAUGACAGAGGAUGAUGACAUCACGACAGGCUGGGAUGAGAGCAGCUCCAUCAGCAGUGGGCUCAGCGAUGCCUCCGACAACCUCAGCUCCGAAGAGUUCAAUGCCAGCUCCUCGCUCAACUCCCUCCCCACUACUCCCACGGCUUCCCGCAGGAGCUCUACAAUAGUGCUGCGCACAGACUCAGAGAAGCGCUCCCUGGCAGAAAGUGGGCUGAACUGGUUUAGUGAAUCAGAGGAGAAGGCCCCCAAGAAACUGGAGUACGACAGUGGCAGCCUAAAGAUGGAACCUGGGACCUCAAAGUGGCGGAGAGAGCGACCAGAAAGCUGCGAUGACUCUUCCAAGGGUGGAGAACUGAAAAAGCCCAUCAGCCUGGGGCAUCCGGGGUCCCUGAAGAAGGGCAAGACCCCACCAGUGGCUGUCACCUCUCCCAUCACUCAUACAGCCCAGAGUGCCCUCAAAGUUGCAGGCAAGCCUGAAGGCAAAGCUACAGACAAGGGCAAGCUCACAGUGAAGAACACUGGGUUACAGCGCUCCUCUUCCGAUGCUGGCCGGGAUCGCCUGAGUGAUGCUAAGAAGCCUCCCUCGGGCAUCGCUCGCCCCUCUACUUCAGGAUCCUUUGGCUAUAAGAAGCCUCCCCCUGCUACUGGCACAGCUACUGUCAUGCAGACAGGUGGCUCAGCCACGCUCAGCAAGAUCCAGAAGUCCUCAGGCAUCCCUGUCAAACCAGUAAAUGGGCGCAAGACCAGUUUAGAUGUGUCCAACAGUGCAGAGCCCGGAUUUCUGGCGCCUGGAGCCAGGUCCAACAUCCAGUAUCGCAGCCUGCCCAGGCCGGCCAAAUCCAGUUCAAUGAGUGUGACUGGUGGGCGAAGUGGCCCUCGUCCUGUUAGCAGCAGCAUUGACCCCAGUCUCCUCAGCACCAAACAGGGAGGCCUUACACCCUCCAGACUGAAGGAACCUUCCAAGGUUGCCAGUGGUCGGACCACUCCGGCUCCCGCUCCUGUCAAUCAGACAGAUCGGGAAAAGGAGAAGGCCAAAGCCAAGGCUGUGGCCUUGGACUCAGACAACAUCUCCUUGAAGAGCAUUGGCUCCCCAGAAAGCACUCCUAAGAACCAAGCAAGCCACCCUCCAGCCACCAAGUUAACGGAGCUGCCGCCAACCCCUCUCAGGGCCACAGCUAAAAGCUUUGUCAAGCCACCGUCACUAGCCAACCUAGACAAGGUCAACUCCAACAGUUUGGAUCUACCAUCUGCCAGCGACACCCAUGUUUCAAAGGUCCCAGAUCUGCAUGCUACAAGCUCAUCAACUGGGGGCCCUCUCCCGUCUUGCUUCACCCCCAGUCCAGCACCCAUCCUCAAUAUUAACUCAGCCAGCUUCUCCCAGGGCCUGGAGCUGAUGAGUGGUUUCAGUGUCCCAAAGGAGACCCGCAUGUACCCCAAACUCUCAGGCCUGCACAGGAGCAUGGAGUCCCUCCAGAUGCCGAUGAGCCUGCCCAGUGCCUUCCCCAGCAGUUCUCCUGUGCCCCCGCCGCCUGCUGCCCCCGCUGCCCCAUCAGAAGAAGAGACUGAAGAGCUGCCCUGGAGUGGAAGCCCCAGAGCUGGACAACUGGACAGCAAUCAGCGGGAUCGGAACACCCUUCCCAAGAAAGGCCUCAGGUACCAGCUUCAGUCCCAGGAGGAGACCAAGGAGAGGCGGCACUCCCACACUAUCGGCGGACUUCCCGAAUCCGACGACCAGGCAGAGCUGCCGUCCCCCCCUGCCCUCUCCAUGUCCUUGAGUGCCAAGGGCCAGCUUACCAACAUAGUGAGUCCCACUGCGGCCACCACGCCAAGAAUCACCCGCUCCAACAGCAUCCCCACCCACGAGGCGGCCUUCGAGCUGUACAGCGGCUCCCAAAUGGGGAGCACCCUGUCCCUGGCCGAGAGACCCAAGGGAAUGAUUCGGUCAGGAUCCUUCCGAGACCCCACGGAUGAUGUUCAUGGCUCGGUGCUAUCUCUGGCCUCCAGUGCCUCGUCCACCUACUCCUCAGCUGAGGAGAGGAUGCAAUCUGAGCAAAUUCGGAAGCUUCGUAGGGAACUGGAGUCAUCCCAGGAAAAAGUGGCCACCCUGACAUCUCAGCUCUCUGCCAAUGCUAACCUGGUGGCUGCCUUCGAGCAGAGCCUGGUGAACAUGACAUCCCGCUUGCGACACCUGGCAGAAACAGCCGAGGAGAAGAAGUUGGUGGGUCCCCCCACCCCUUGUUGGCUGCAGCUAGACUCCUUAAGCCUCCCGUUCUCACUAAAUCUUCCUCUGUGUUCUUCCCACCUGUACUGGCCCGUAGAACUCCGGAUCAAGAGACAGAAUUCCUCAGAUAGCAUCUCCAGCCUCAACAGCAUCACCAGCCAUUCCAGCAUCGGCAGCAGCAAAGACGCUGAUGCCAAAAAGAAGAAGAAGAAGAGCUGGCUUCGAAGUUCCUUCAACAAAGCCUUCAGCAUUAAAAAGGGUCCCAAGUCAGCCUCCUCGUACUCUGAUAUCGAGGAGAUUGCCACACCUGACUCCUCAGCCCCGUCAUCCCCCAAACUACAGCAUGGGUCCACAGAGACUGCGUCCCCCUCCAUCAAGUCCUCCAACUCAUCGUCUGUGGGCACUGAGGUCACCGAGGUCCCUGCUAAUUCAGUCCCCCACACUAGACUGUUCCAAGCCAAUGAGGAGGAGGAACCUGAGAAGAAAGAGGUAUCGGAGCUGCGCUCUGAAUUAUGGGAGAAAGAAAUGAAGCUUACGGAUAUCCGGUUGGAGGCCCUAAACUCUGCCCACCAGCUAGACCAGCUUCGGGAGACUAUGCACAACAUGCAGUUGGAGGUGGACUUGCUGAAAGCAGAGAAUGACCGGCUGAAGGUUGCCCCCGGCCCCUCCUCAAGCUCCACUCCAGGGCAGGUCCCUGGAUCGUCUGCUCUGUCAUCCCCUCGCCGUUCCCUGGGCCUUGCACUCAGCCAUCCCUUCAGUCCCAGUCUCACAGAUACAGACCUAUCGCCCAUGGAUGGCAUCAGCACCUGUGGCCCUAAGGAAGAAGUAACCCUUCGGGUGGUGGUACGCAUGCCACCCCAACACAUCAUCAAAGGGGACUUAAAGCAGCAGGAGUUCCUCUUGGGAUGCACCAAGGUCAGUGGCAAAGUGGACUGGAAGAUGCUGGAUGAAGCUGUUUUCCAAGUGUUCAAGGACUACAUUUCUAAAAUGGACCCAGCUUCCACCCUGGGACUAAGCACCGAGUCUAUACAUGGCUAUAGCCUCAGCCAUGUGAAACGAGUGUUGGAUGCUGAGCCUCCAGAGAUGCCCCCUUGCCGCCGAGGUGUCAAUAGCAUAUCAGUCUCCCUCAAAGGUCUGAAGGAGAAGUGUGUCGACAGCCUGGUGUUCGAGACGCUCAUCCCCAAGCCCAUGAUGCAGCACUACAUAAGCCUCCUGCUCAAGCACCGGCGCCUCGUGCUCUCCGGCCCCAGUGGCACCGGCAAGACCUACUUGACCAAUCGGCUGGCUGAGUAUCUGGUGGAGCGCUCAGGCCGCGAGGUCACUGAUGGCAUCGUCAGCACUUUCAAUAUGCACCAGCAGUCUUGCAAGGAUCUGCAGCUGUACCUCUCCAACCUGGCCAACCAGAUAGACCGGGAAACAGGAAUUGGGGAUGUGCCCUUGGUGAUCCUAUUGGAUGACCUGAGCGAAGCAGGCUCCAUCAGUGAGCUGGUUAAUGGGGCCCUUACCUGCAAGUACCACAAAUGUCCCUAUAUUAUAGGUACCACCAAUCAGCCUGUAAAAAUGACACCCAACCAUGGCUUGCACUUAAGCUUCAGGAUGCUGACUUUCUCUAACAACGUGGAGCCAGCCAAUGGCUUUCUGGUCCGUUACCUGCGGAGGAAGUUGGUAGAGUCAGACAGUGACAUCAAUGCUAACAAGGAAGAGCUGCUUCGGGUGCUGGACUGGGUGCCCAAGCUGUGGUAUCACCUCCACACCUUCCUUGAGAAGCACAGCACCUCGGACUUCCUCAUUGGCCCUUGCUUCUUUCUGUCCUGCCCCAUUGGCAUUGAGGACUUCCGGACCUGGUUCAUUGACCUGUGGAACAAUUCCAUCAUUCCCUAUCUACAGGAAGGAGCCAAGGAUGGGAUCAAGGUUCACGGACAGAAAGCUGCUUGGGAAGACCCAGUGGAGUGGGUCCGGGACACUCUGCCCUGGCCGUCCGCCCAACAAGACCAAUCAAAGCUAUACCACUUGCCCCCACCCUCCGUGGGCCCUCACACCAUUGCCUCACCUCCAGAGGAUAGGACAGUCAAAGACAGCACCCCAAGCUCCCUGGACUCAGACCCUCUGAUGGCCAUGCUGCUGAAACUUCAAGAAGCUGCCAACUAUAUUGAGUCACCAGAUCGAGAGACUAUCCUGGACCCCAACCUGCAGGCAACACUCUGAGGGUCCAGCAGUCACUGUCACCAUGGACAGCAGAAGGCUGGCUUCAGCUUCAUUAGCUCUCCUCUCCCCUCUUCUUUCAGAGCUCUGGCUUACCAGCCUUCCCAGGACAGGAGGGAAGAUGAGGGCAAGAGGAGGGAUGGGUUCUUGGUGCUGAACCUUUGGGAACUUCCUAGUAGGGACUGGAGGGGUGGAGUUUGGGCACUUGUGCCCCUAAAUGCAUUUACUGGCCUCCUCUCGUGACUUUGGAGAAGAGAUGAUUCUGGGUCUUUUCUUCAGUUUUUGUUUCCCCUACAAACUCCUGGGCUUUCUGGGGAGGGAUUCGAAGACAUCGCAAAAGCCGUGCAGCAGUUCCUACCGGUUCUCAUGAACACCUCUGAGACAGUCACAGACGGGGAAGUCUAAGGGAGGCAGGAAACUCCACAGAUUUUCUUGCAAACCCUUCCCAAUUCUAUCAUCACUGCCAACAACCUUUCCCCAGAGAUCUGGCCAGAGCCCAGAAAAAGAAGCAUGUGGUUUAACGAAGAAAAAAAAAAAAAAAGAAAGAAAAAAAGAAAAAAAAUGUGUAAAUCAACCUGUAAGAGGUAAAAAGGCGAUGGAAGAGAUGAAGCUGGAAAGAGGGGACCCAGUUGCCAAGAUGGAAAGAGAGCUGCCAGAUCUCGCCUUCUGGAUGACAAGAGGGGACACUGACAAGAUGGCUUCCAAUCUAAGACGUCACCAAACCACGGAAGUAACAUCACAGCCUUCAGAGAGACUAUGAGCUGCCUUUCUGCCCUCUAAUUGAACAUGCAUGAAAGUCAAUAAACCCAACUUUUUUAAUUUUUAAAUUUUAUUUCUAUUUUUUUCUUCCCAUCUGCCUAUUUAUUUGCCCUCUUUCCUUAAUUUUCUCACAUGUCAAUGAGAUACUUAGGUUUCCUUCCAGGGAAUAGUUUUGCUUUCCAAGUAGGUUUUCUUUGGAGACUUGAAUUCCGUACUGUUGGUGUAAGUUUUAUACGCCUGCCAUGCGACUAUCUCUGGCAUCCUUGGGGCUUAUAUGCGACAAGAAACAUUGGCUCAGAAUGGUAGGAGAAAACCCAGUUUCUUUGACUUUCCUUUUGAGAAAGCACAUGUUCUACCUAGAAGCUCCGCUGCCAUCCUCUGGCGUGAUCUACCCUGAGCUUCAUCGUGGACUGGAGGAAAACCACAAUACUGGAACCACCCGCCUGUCUUAGGGCCUGUUCGGCCACCCGCUGCACUAUUUGGAUGGUAGCCACUUUGCCUGACUGAAUGGCAAUUCCCUCGCUAGCCCUUACUAUUUGUUUUUACAGUUGAAUAGUCACUUAUAAGAAACUGAACAACCAUGUGAACUGCUUCAGGUCAGAAUAGAAGGCUCAAGGAGUUGUGCUCGGUGUCCAGUAUUGAUUGGCCUUCCAAAGAGAUCCACCACUUGCGCAAGUUGCCCUCUUCGUAUUUCUGCAGCCCACGUUCCUUCUUUUGACAAGCACUUACGAGUACUUAGCUGUAAACCAGUCACUAUGUUUAAAAAAUGACAAGAUUUGGUCUUUAAGUUCAUAGUCUAGAGGGGAAUGUUAAUCUCCAUUAAGUACACCCUCCCCCAAUAGGGACCUUGAAAAUCAUCUGAGAAACACAGGUGAAUCCCAAGGAGUUAAAAGAAGCCUUUGAUCAGAUGUCCAAUAUGUGGUAGGCAGAAAAUCGGGAAUCCAUUUUGAUGGAGCCUGAAGAAGUAUGGAAUCUUGCUUGUCUAGGGUGGGAAACUACUUCGGUCAUUUCUGGAAACCAGAUGGAACCAGAUUCCAGGCUGAGCUGCCUUAGGGGCUAAUGUCAGCACUCUGCAGUUCAGGAAUAGAUACGACGAGCCUGGAUUUAAGAGUUUGUUCUUCAGAGUCCUAAGUAGCACAAGACUUAUCAGGAUCUAUACCAAGAUUCUAUAGGCAAACUAACCUGGGCCAUUGUUCCACCCAACCGAGGAAUCACAUGACUCUUAACAGUAUAUUUUCAUUUAUGUCUUCAAGAUGGUCUGGCUUGUUCCUUUCCCCCCUCGUCCCCCGCAAAAGCUUCUAUAUUCACCUGGUAGCCCCAGGGAUGACAGGGUCCUCUAUUCUGGAGACUAUUAUUGCUAUUGCUGCUAAUUCCAUGAGCUGUGAAGAUCCCCAACGAACUCAGCUGCAAAAUAAGCAAUUCUGUAGUGGAAAAAGGCGGUUUGUCCAAGGAUGGUGCUGAAAUCAUUGCCUUAAGGUCUCUGCUGUGCAGAAUGAGAAGGCCCCAGAGCUGGGUGUUCCAACUCGGAAGGAAGGGGAGACUAGAUAGGCCUCCUUUGGACAUAGGUCUCUUCUGGACCCUAUCCGAAGCUCCAGUGCCACGGAAAGGCUCCGACUUCCGCUGACAUCCUGAUGCUUGAGCCCUUCACUCUCUUCUCUGGUGCUGCCGAGCCAGUGCCUUCUGAAAUGGAUGUUACUGGCUACUUAAGAAGAAGGAAAGUAGGAAAUGCCUUCUUCCGUUUCAACUGCCUCAGACUGCAGAGGGAUUGUCUCUGUGGAUACCAUCGUGAAUUUUCUUUGGGUCUGCAGCAAGUUGACUCUGGAGGCCUCUCAUACUAUAACUUGGUUUCUAUUCCUGGGAUCCACCACCACCUUCUCUCGUUUGACUGCUGCAUUUAGUUCAGGCCUCAAAUAGCUGUCCUCCAGGAAGUGUGUUCCCAUCUAGCGAAGUGCUCUUGAAGCCUCUGCUUUCCUUCUGAAGACUGGGACCCUGUUUACAGUUGCACAUCUGGGCCCCUCACAGUACCAUCAACCAUCUCAAAAAGGGACCGUGGUUCUGUGGCAGUUGCGGAAGGUUGAGCCUCCUCAUGGUGCUAAUGACCCCUUGGGGUGCUCAUCCGGACUUCUAAGAAGCAAAAAGCCUGAGCACCCCCUCACUGCCCAGGAAUUCACGGCAAAGAGCAAAUCCACAGCGUUCUUUCCAGCCUACACGCUUGCUUCUUGGUUGAGACCAGUGGCACUCCUCAGAAAGGAAGAACUGGGUCCCACAGCUAGACUCUCCAUCUCGAGGCACCUUCAGAAGAAUCCAACCUUUCUAGUUCUGAAUUUGUGCUAUUCCCUUCCCCCUCUGGCCCCCAAUUCCAUCCCUCACCAAAGUUGGCUAGUGAAGAACAUCAACCUUUGGAGGGUCUCAGCUCUGGGAAAGAGGCUAACUAGAAUCCCUCGAAUUUUGGGAUGAAGACCAAUAAGUUGUGUUCAAUGUGUUUGUUUCUCAGUCCCUGCCUAGGCACUGAAAUAAAGUACUAGGUAUUAGAGGCUGCUAUGGGACCUGAUGUCUGUGUAUCUCUAUGUUCUAUCUUCUGGGGCUUUGUGGAACAUUAUUAUUUUUGAUACCUGCUUUCUGGUAACUCUUUGGUGCUUAUUUCUGUCUCUGUAAAUCUUUACUCCAGUGUCUUCUGUGUAGUCUAAUCACCUGGAAGAUAGAGGCUGGCAGGGAAGAAGAAUGAGAUAAGAGACCAUGGUCGACCCUACAAGAAAGCCUUUAUUGGUUGGUAACCAUUUGGAUCUUGAAUUACCAACCUUCUAACUAGUCUGUCCAUACUGAUGGGCAUAAGACAAAGUAAUGAUUUUCUUACCCCCCCCCCCCCCCCCCCGCUUUUUUUUGUCUUCUGGCUUUUCUAGUUUGCAAGACUUUAAGUGGACUCGACCUACCCAUCUCCUUACUUGUAGCUCUCAAAGUCGAGCCACACUGUUCAGAGGGAUACCGCCCCCUUCCCGUACUCCGAAGAUGAGCUCUGUUUCCUGCCAUAGUCCAGGAAAGUAGGGGAAGCAGUGGUAGUUUCCACAACACCUGCCAUCACCCCAGAUGGAACCAUUCGUGGCCCCCAGCGUGUGCACAGGUCACCCUUGCCUCAUCAAAUGAGGGUCAGUCUUAUAAACCAGGAGACAAAAGACUUCAAUGAUUUUUUUUUUAAUGACAAAAGGGUUUGGGAGAGGACAUUGUGCUAAUCACAAGUCUAAUACAGGGUUCAGUCAAUCUGAAGUAACUCAGACUCAGUUGCAGCUCCUUAUCACACUUUACCCUUUCUUUCCAUAGUCUCGGCAUUAGCUAAACUGAAGCUAGUGAGUGGACUCCAUGAGCCAAGCCCAUGGGAAGAGGAAAAAUGGCUGUUGCAACAGGUUGGGUAAUAGAGAUGGAUAAGAUGGAUGUACCAACAGUUAUUGGUAACCCGUUUUUUUCCUUCCAGUAUUGAGUAUUGAACCUAGGGUCUCUCAUAAACUCAGCAAGUACUCUGUCACUGAGCUAUAGCUCCAGCCCUCACUUUUUUUAAAAGACAGUUUCACUAAAGUUGUCCAUAACAGCCCCGAAUUCACUAAGUAUUCCAGGCAAGCUUUGAAUUUGAUGAUACCACACACACACACACACACACAUACAUGUACACAUUAGCCUCUCAAGUAACUGGCCUGUGUCACUAGGCCCAGCUAUAACACACUCUGUAAGAACUAUGCGUGAGAGUCCCCAACAUGCAGGCCAUAAGUAGUAAACAUGUGUUCCACAUGGCCAAAGCCUGAAGACACUGCUUUCCAUGCCUAGAUCAGCCUUACCAAUCAGCAGUCCUCGGUUAACCUGCUCAGGGAGAACAGGGCCACCUGGCUACACCCUCGUCCCAGAAACACAUGCUCUUGCAGGAGAAACAGAGUAAACCGGAAAGCGGUCUGGAAGGAAAGAAAGCAGUUGAACUUUGGAAACCACGGGGAGGGAAAGGCAGUUAAAAAUUAUACCUGCUUAUACUAAUUCAUUCGAGUUUGAUGUUUUGGCCAUUCUCCUUAGUGAUUAUGUCACAGGGAACAUUCUCUGACAUGAUGUGAAUUUCUGGUCCCUUGAGUCAACCUUUCGUCCCUUAAAGCCGUGGUGCUCAGAGGAUGUCUUCAGACUAGCAGGAGCAGCAUGUGGGAAUGUGUUUAAGGACUAGAAUUCCCAGGCUCUAACCCAGGUCUGCCAAGUCAGCUCUAGAGUGGCAGUACCCAGCCAUGUUGUAAGGGUGGAGCCAACUCACGGGAGCCCUCACUGUGAGAUGGCUGAUGUUUGAAGACCCCAAUAAGAAGCGUCUACAGUCUAAUUCAAAUGCUCACAUUUCAAAGUCACUUUGCUCUUACUUAGGUUUCUGGGAGCUAGUAGUAAAAAUAUGUGCUUUGGGGUAGAAGUUAGGGAAGGUCUGCAUCUUUGCAGCCUCUAGCGGAAAACCCCUGGCCUCUGACAUCACUGCCUGGCACACUGUGGGGCUCCAGUGGAAGAAUCAUGUCGGAAGUCUCCACGUUGCUGUUCUGAUAGAUUCUUUUUCUGAUAAUAGUAUAAGAAAAGUAAAAUAAAAUCUAAUUUACAUUCCUAUGAUAAAAUGUUCUCCCUUCUUUAAACAGUGAAGAGUACUGCGGAGUCUGGGAGCUCCACCAGCCCUUCCUUCCCCAAGGCAGCCAACAGCUGAGUGCCAGUAUGCCAGAAGGGCCCAGGUCUCUGCUCAGCCCACAGGAGAGAGUUCUACACCGUGAAAAUAAAGUAUCUAAGUCCUUAGGUUCAACCUUUGCCUCUUCCCAUAUCAGGACCUAAAUACAGAACUACUCAGCUAAGGGAACAAAAUAAAUCCUCUCUAAAAAAUAAAAAAAAAAAAUUUUUUUUUUCAGGAAGAGCUUUGUAUAUUUCCAAACCUAUAAACUAGCUGAAAUGGCCAUGGAAGAGUUGAGGCUGUUUAGAAGCAGUUUUGUUUCAAGUGUGUCAGCUUUCAUCCCCUGUGAGAGCACUUUUGUGGUACUAGGUCUCCUGAGCUCACGGACUAAAGAAGGAGAAAGCCCAAGGAGAGCAAGUGUAAAACAGUUGCACUAAAGUCACCCCCUUGCCAUCCAGCCAGCCCCGGUCCCCUCGUCCUGCUUCCCUGCCGUUUCUGAGAAGGAAAAUAGGAGAAGCAACUCCCACACUGCAGCCAGUUUCUGCUGCUGCUGUGCUCUCCGCCCCCCCCCCACUUCCUAACAUUCUUUUGUUUAUUGCUUUUAACCAAACAAAAUUACAGUGAAUUCUAGGUCUUGCUAGCUUCCUUUCCUCCCCCUCCCUAUCCUGUUUGACACAGCACUGCUCCUGUAAGAGGCUGUGUUCCUCAAAUGCAUGGCAUUCCUCAGGUGGCGGGUGGGCAAGAAUGGUCACUUUUUAAAACUUACUGAGUACAAAAAUCCCAAACCGUGAUAUGUGUGUGUCUGUGUGUUUGUCUUAUUUCCGUUCCAUUUGACCCUCGCCUAUUCCAGUCUGUCCCCUUUUAUACCUAAUGUAGAAAAGGCAAACACUGAAUCUGGAAAGCAAAUUGUUGUAUAUAGUUGCGGUAACAAUCAUGAAGAGAGCUGGGCUGUCCCCUCAGUGAUUCAUUUUAAACAAGAAAAUUGGUUGAAAAUUAAAUCCAUGCCUUGGCCAGCUGAAAUGGCCUUCCUCCAUCGCCACAGGGGCCACCCUUCCCUGGGUCCUCUGUCUGUCAGGCAUGUCUCCAUCUAGCAAAAUUCCUCUGUUCUCUGCCAUUUGCGUUUCAAUAAAGUUAUCUCCUGUAUUGUC